AUGCCUCGCAAUCACAAAGGAAAUGGAAUUUUUGACUCUUAUGGUUUGCCAAAACCUAUCAUUGAAGUCGUGCAGAGUACUGCCAAAACGACUGCUAGCACAAGUUCAAGCACCAGGCACUUGAUCGAGUAUUCGGCGAUACCGAACCAAACUUCAGGACAAAAUGGACAUACGUUGAGACAGAGCACGUUGAUGCCAAAACUAGCAGAUGGCUUGACAUAUAAUAUUCCUGAGAGACCUCCAUCAUUGCAACAUAUUUCGGCUUUGAAAAGAACGUGCAAAUCUAUGGCAAAAUACUUUGAAGAAAACUCAGUCACAUCCUUUUCUCCAGCGGGACGUGUUAAUAGUGAUGAAGUAUACAUUAAGAGAAAAGGAAAUAGAGUUGUAUUCACAGAGCCGAUUGCAACUUAUAGCAGCAACGGUACAGGCAAAACCUUUGGAAUCAUCCGUCUCAAAGGUGAAGAGGUAAAAUUCAAAGCAGCAAGCGGUUGGGGAAGGAGAGAGCAUGACGAUUCGUUAAGGGACAACGAAUUUUGCUCAGCCCAAGUAUUACAAUUCUGCAAUUACUUAGGCUUCAAACUUCGAAGGAAUUGCUGGGACAAGACUGAAAUCGGAAGAUACGCAGCUUGUCACGUCGAGAAGAAGCUCAUACUGAUGCUUGUACUGGACUUGAUCUACGACCCGGAGACCGGCGAUAUAGCGAUGUAUAGAUUAGAAGAACUUUGGAAACUGAGACCACCGCUCCAAGCACAAAUUUACAUCGAUAAAGACCCCUGUGAAGGGUGCAGAAACUUUGCUACUAUAUUGAGGGAUUCGACGGGCAUCGAAUUCGAGAUAAUUGCUGCAAAAACUUUCGUGGAAGCAGAGUGGGUGAAGGUGGAUGGGAAAAAGCAACUCCGGGCCAAGCAUACUGCACAAAAUGGGCAAUCUCAAAUAACGAAGUACUCAAAGUCCAAGACAAAUAGGCCAGGGAAGACGGUAGACUACACCAUACCUGAGGUUUUCCCAUCUUGGAAAAGCAAAUCUGAAGGGAAGCGGAAGAGAUUGCUGGACGAUUACGAUGACGGAUAUGGUGAUAAUGAAUGCAUCUUCAAUUCCAAUGAUUUGCAACCAAAAGCCAAAAGAUCAUACGGUCACCCUCGAACUGACGAUCAAAUCAACAAAUCGAAGUCAUCUACCCUUCAUUUGAGGAAGCCAACGCCAACUCAUAGCGUGCAGAAAGAUUUCGCCAGCAACAUGCACUCGCCUUCAGCUAAACAACGAAGCACAAAAGUGGAUCUAACGUCCACGAAACCUAGCCUGCCUUUGAGUUCGACAAAAUAUGCCAAAGUGCCUCCACCACGAGAUAGAGUGGUGGACCACUGCUCUAUGUCAGUUAAGAGUGGCAGGCUGCACGGCCAUGCUGUACCUUCUGCGCGAUCACGAGCAAUAGCGGAGCUUCAGCGGGCAGAAAGAAGUCGACUUUCCAAGCCUGUAGAUCACAACUUGCCAAGCUGUCGCAAUGCGCCAUCCAUACCUUCACCCGCCGGAGAAGAUGUUUCCACAGCAUCUGAUGAUUUGGAUUCCAUGAGCUUGAGAAGUUCGAGAACAGUUUCACCCGAGAGAUCUACAGAUUCUUUACCUACCCCAAAAAUAACGCCUCCCACAAGAAAUGCAAGAGAUUCACCCUCAAAAAGAUUAAAAACAGCGGAGCCUGUCACCCCGUCAAGAUCUACCCGGAGCUCACGUAAACAUAACCUGAGCAAAGCUGCAACUUGUAGCUCAUUAUCAUCAAAGCAAGUCACUUCCAGGAGCAUUGAUUUGACCACUCCCGAGCCAUCGCCAUUGCUAAUGAUUAAACAAUAUAAAUAUACACCACCUUCCAAAUCUAGCAAACAUCGCUCAGAGAAGAAGGUCGCUUCUAUUCCAUUCAGGCUCUCCUAUAACCUCGAUUGA